AUGGAUAGCGCAGAUGAACCUCAGAAAAAAGUCUUUAAAGCACGAAAAACAAUGAGAGUAAGUGAUCGACAACAACUUGAAGCAGUAUAUAAGGUUAAAGAGGAGCUGUUGAAGACAACUGAAGUUAAACUGUUAAAUGGAAAACAUGAGAAUGGAGAUUCUGAUUUAAAUUCCCCUUUAAGCAAUACAGACUGUACGGAGGACAAGAAGGAAGUUAAUGGCCUAGUGGACUUGUGUGUUAACUCUGAAGAAGGAAGAACAGCUUCUGAUGAAAAUAGUGAAGCCAAAAGCCCUGAAAGUAGGGCAGGGAACAUAGUCAAUGACAUAGAACCCAAACCGCCAACGCUGUCCCCGGAGAAUGUUACUCCUGACCAAGAAAAAGAUACUGAUACUGCUUUAGCUUGUGAAGCUGAAAAUGGAGCGCUUGGUAGCAAUAAAGAUAACUUCCAUGAAGAAAAUAAUACAAAAGAUCAUUUGGACCAAAGAGAGAAUGACAUCCCAUCAGAAGGUGAAAAUAAAUCAACCUGUGCUAUUAGUGACUCUUCUGAAGAGAGGGGAGAAACAAAUGACUUAACUAUUAAUUCCAGUUCAUCUGUUGAGGAAAGGAGAACUGAAGAAGUAACUGUUGAAGAUGCUGUUGGAGAAGAAACUAUCUCUAGCAGUAUGGAAGCUGACCAGGAACCAAAGGACAAACAAGACAGCACUGCAGGUCUUUCAGAAACCACUGUUCAGAAGACAAUAGAUGAGCCAAGUGAGAGUAUCUUGGACAAUACUGACUCUAUGGAAACAGAUGAAAUUAUUCCAAUUUUGGAAAAACUAGCCCCUGCUGAAGAUGAACUGAGCUGUUUUUCUAAAAGUUCUCUGCUUCCAGUGGACGACACAGUCACAGAUUUAGAAGAGAAAAUGGACAACUGUCUGGGUUCGCCAUCCAAGCAGGAAAGCAAUGAAAGCCUGCCAAAAGAGGCUUUCUUAGUACUCUCUGAUGAAGAGGAUCCCUGUGAUGAGAAGGAGGAACAUGCUGAAGUGAUAUUACCAAACAAGUCAAGUCUUCCAGAAGAGGUGGAAGAGGAGAGAAGAAAGGAGAGUGAGGAGGAUAAAGAAGAAGAGACGCAAAAAGAAGAGGAGAAACACACAGAGAGAAGUGAAGUGUCAAGGAGAAAGCGUUCCAAAUCUGAGGACAUGGACAGUGUUCAUUCUAAACGUCGUCGAUACAUAGGAGAAGAUUAUGAAGCAGAACUCCAAGUAAAAAUUACAGCCAGAAAGGAUGUUGACCAGAAAUUACAAAAGGUUAUCCAGAGACUGUUAGAAGAAAAACUUACGGCUUUACAGUGUGCUGUUUUUGACAAGACUCUGGCAGACUUGAAAACCCGAAUAGAGAAAGUAGAAUGUAACAAGAGGCAUAAAACUGUGCUUACUGAAUUACAGGCUAAAAUUGCUAGAUUGACAAAGCGGUUUGGAGCAGCCAGGGAGGACUUGAAGAAAAGACAGGAAAAUGCACCAAAUGCACCUCUGUCUCCAGGGAAAGCACCGAGUGACACUGGAAACACAAAUAAUGCAACAUAUCGAAAUGCUGGCACAGUGAGGCAGAUGCUGGAAUCAAAGAGGAAUGUAGGAGAGAGCACACCAGCAACUUUUCAAGCCCCUGUGAAUGCAGUGCCAGCUUCCAGUCUUGCUGCUUCUGCAACAAUUGUCAGCGGACAUCCUAAGCCUCAGACUCCAGUGACCUCCACCAGCUCUUUGACAACAACAGUUCUUCCCGCAGCUAACGCAGCUACAGUUGUAGGCACUAACCAAGUGCCCAGUGGCAGCACUCAGUCGGUGUCUGUCUCAUUGCAGUCUUUGCCUGUAAUCUUGCAUGUACCUGUUGCGGUGUCAUCCCAGCCUCAGCUCCUGCAAGGCCACACAGGGACUCUGGUAACCAACCAACAGUCAGGCAACGUUGAAUUUAUAUCCGUACAAAGCUCAUCUACAGUUGGUAGCCUUACCAAAACUACAGUGUCUUUGGCAUCAGCUAACCCAACUAAACCAAAUAACAGCCCAUCUGUGCCCAGUCCUGGUAUUCAAAGGAACUCUCCAGCCAGUGCUGCAUCAAUAGGCACAACAUUGGCAGUACAGGCUGUUUCUACUGCACAUCCUGUUGCCCAGGCCACAAGGACUUCUUUGCCCGCAGUGGGUGCUUCAGGACUUUAUAAUGCUACCAGCAGUCGAGCUCCCCUACAGAUGAAGAUUCCCCUCUCUGCAUUUAGUAGUACAGCUCCUAUUGAACCACCCACCAUUACAGCGCCCAGAGUUGAAAACCAGACAAGCAGGCCAUCAACAGAUACUUCGGCAAACAAGCGAACUGCUGAGGGAACAACACAGAGCGGGAAGGUCACAGGAAGCGAUUCAGGAGGUGUCAUUGAUCUUACGCUGGAUGAAGAGGAUGAUGGCUCUUCUCAAGCAGAUGUCAAGAAGCAGAACCAGACACCUGUUACAGGAUUGAGCAUAACCACCCAGCCCUUGGCUCGCCCCUUGCAGCCUUUGCAGCCAAACCCUGUGCAGCAGACAGGUGUGCCAACAAGUGGACCUUCCCAGACCACCAUACAUGUAUUACCUACAGCUCCGACAACAGUGAAUGUAACUCAUCGGCCAGUGACUCAAACUGCUGCAAAACUUCCGAUACCAAGAGCCCCUGCUAACCAUCAGGUGGUCUAUACCACUCUUCCUGCACCACCAGCUCAGACUCCUGUCAGAGGGGCUGUCAUGCCAAGCCCAGGUUUAAGGCCAGUCAACCCACAGACUGGAGGUAUGACAGUACGAAUGCCUCAAACAACUGCAUAUGUUAUGAACAACGGCCUAACUCUUGGAUCUGGAGCACCUCAGCUUACAGUGCAUCAUCGACCACCACAAGUGCACACUGAGCCACCACGCCCUAUACAUCCUGCCCCACUCCCGGAGGCGCCACAGCCACCACGUCUGCCCCCUGAAGCUGCCAACACUUCUCUGCCUCAAAAGCCACAGCUGAAGCUGGCACGGGUACAGAGCCAGAAUGGUAUUGUGCUGUCAUGGAGUGUCAUGGAGGUGGACCGGAGCUGUGCCACUGUGGACAGUUACCAUCUCUACGCCUACCACGAGGACCCGAGUGCCACGAUGCCCUCGCAGUGGAAGAAGAUCGGGGAGGUGAAGGCCCUCCCACUACCUAUGGCAUGCACUCUUACGCAGUUUGUGUCUGGUAGCAAAUACUACUUUGCGGUCCGGGCUAAGGACAUCUAUGGACGUUUCGGACCCUUCUGUGACCCCCAGUCCACAGAUGUGAUCUCUUCCCAGAGCAGUUAAACAGAGAUCUUUGGAGCCUUUAAACUUGUCCUACUACCAAGAAUUACCCCAAUUUUGGAGGGUUGAUACCAUGCAUGAAAUUCACUUUUAAAUCCACUCUCUGCAGGAUUAUUUUAGACAGUUGUGUGAUACACUACUUGCAUUCAGAACCAAAAGAAAAAUAAAGUGUCACCUGCAGCAAGAGAGCCUGGUUUUUCUGGAUAGCUCAAGUCAUGGGCCCUUU